AUGGCUGGCAAAAGAAUCCAGAAAAGUGAAAAUACCGAAAAAGAUGAUUACUGAUUUGAUGAUCUUACAGAGAUAUCUAACAAAGAAUAUGAUAAAAACAUAAAGAGUCCCAUACAUAACUCAAAAAAGAUAAAAAUUAAUAAGAAACGUCACAAAAAGGAUCAAUUCAAAAUAACAAAGGAUUCCAAAUCACACACUUGCAAACCCUCAAAACCAGACCACCAAAUAACCCCAUCACUAUCCCCUACAAAGACCAUCAAAAAGGGCAAAUACAGCUACAAACAGCGUGCUAGCCCUCUUCCCACCCCUUCUAUCCCCUCCAAUCCCCCUAAAACACCCUUCCCUCGCUCCAAAAUCCCUCACAAAUCCAAAGACCCUCACCAAUCAUUCCAAAUCCGCCAAAUCUCCACUCUCCUCUCCAUCCUCGAAUCCCUCGCACAGCCAUCCCCCCUGCUCCCCUCCCGUUCAAAACCCAUCCACAAAUACCUCUCCAAACUCGACUCCUUCCACAUGUCCAAAGCAAUCAUGAAAACUACCAAUGCCCAGCAAAGACUCACUAAUAUUCUCCCAUUCAUGAACGAUGCCAGUAGGAAUAAGUACUUUAGCUUAAAGCUUAGCUGGAAAUUCCAGAUGAGUAAGGAAGGACAAGAGUUGUACAGGAAGAAGAGGAGCAAGAAGACUGACUUUGUAGAAUAUUGAGGGGAAAAGUAUAGGGUUGCAGAGGAAGUUGAUGAAGAGACUAAGAGGAGGAAGCAAGAGGAGAUGCAGAAAUUGAAGGAGCAGAUGGUUAGGGUUUUGGAUGAGGUUAUUGGGAAGGUGGAAGGGAGGAAAGAAGUAGAAGGGAGCCAGGAGAGAUGUGGGAAAUGGCAUUUUUAUGAGAAGAGUGUUGAGAUAGAGAUGUUUGCAGAUAGGAAGUUUGAGCGAGGAUCGAAUAAAUAUAAAGAUACUAUAAAGAAAUUUAUUUGGUGAUUUAAAAAUUAUAAUGAACUAGUAGUAUCUCUGCUAAAAGAAGAGAAGACAGUAGAGCAAAUAUACUCUAAGAUAGCUACAAGAAGUCUUACUGAAGAAAUGCAAAAGGAUACUGAAAAUAUCAAGAGAAUAAAUGAUGAAUAUUUUAUGGUGAGAGGUUGCGUUUUGUAA